GAGACGGGAAAAGAGUUCUCGACGGGGGGAGGCAAAGCGAGGAGAAGUGAAGAUGGCGAGAGGCUCCCGGUGUUUGAGAAGAGCGGUAGCGGAGUGUAUCAGAAACUUACCGUCCACAGCCAGUCGAGAAACACCGGGCAGGAAUGGAGUGAGAUAUCUGUCUUCAUGUGGGAUUCUGAUGACCCGGGUGCCGCCCCUCUUCAGGACUGUGUCGGGUCGUGCUGUGGUGGCUCCAGCCAGGAGCUUCUUCAACUUCUCUGAGUCCUUUAACAAGAGAAAGGAGUACUCUGAAAGACGUAUUAUUGGGUACUCGAUGCAAGAAAUGUAUGAGGUUGUGGCCAAAGUAGAAGACUACCUGCUGUUCGUGCCCUGGUGCAAACGCUCCGACGUUAUAUUCCGCCGCUCUGGAUUUUGCAAGUCCAAGCUGGCUGUGGGCUUCCCUCCUGUGGUAGAAAACUACACCUCACUCGUUACUACCGUUCGCCCGCAUUUAGUCAAGGCAUCUUGCUCUGAUGGAAAACUUUUCAAUCACUUGGAGACGGUGUGGCGCUUCAGCCCUGGUCUUCCUGGCUACCCCCGUACAUGCACCCUAGACUUUGCUAUAUCCUUUGAGUUCCGCUCGCUCCUGCAUUCUCAGUUGGCCACCGUUUUCUUCGACGAGGUCGUGAAGCAGAUGGUGUCGGCCUUUGAGCGGCGAGCGUCCAAGCUAUACGGCCCGGAGACACAGAUCCCACGCGAACUGAUGUUCCACGAGGUCCACCACACGUAGUUCAUUCCACAGCUUCAGACGGAUGGGGAGGGGGUUGUUGUUCAGGAAACUGGGGGUUUUAUUGAAAGCAUACAUUUAGAGUAUUACAAAGACAGUCGAGAGAGCGGGAGCUCUGUGUGCCUGAAUAUCGCCAGUGCCUGGUCCAAAAAAAACCAGUUGAUUUAACAAAAAAAAAAAAAAAAAAA